GAGAUGUGUAUAUGAAGCAGAGAGCGAGAGGGGGGAGAGAGAGGGGAAGAUUUAGGAAUUCGUCUGCAGGCUGUGAUCUGCGCUUUUAAGGAAUGAUGGUAAGAGCACAGACGAAAAACAAGCUUUGGUUGAAAUCGCCGCCACACUAAGAGUAAAACAAGUCGGAUAUUCCUCCGGUGUUUGCCAUAAUUAGCCGCAGACAGCUCGCAGCAGUGAUUGCUAAUAGGAAAUGUAACAGAAGCUAACUUUAGCUAGCAAACAAGGCACUUUAGCUAGCUAAUUAUUGCAGUUUGAACAGACAGUGACAAGACUACAACUGCUGACAAAUGGCGAUAGAGGCUGUCGUUUAUACCGGAUAACGUGCAUUAGACUGUUUCAAGUCUGUGUUCAGUAUUUUAGUACAUUUGACAAACGAGCUGUCACUGUUCAACUUUAGCCCGUUUAGAGAGAGAGUGUGUGUGUGCGUGCGCGAGUGCAUGCAUGCAUAUGUGUGUGUGUGUGAGUGUGUUCCGCCCCCUUCUCUUUACGGGAAUCUCCUGGUUUGUGGAAACAGACAGUGAGGCUGGAUGGAGGGGGGAUUAGGGGUCCUGGAUAGUUUCUGCAGGCCGUUACCAUGUGAGCUGACAGUCUGCAUACCUUUGUGUUUACAUCAGAAUCUGAUUAUCUGCUUCACUGAGGUUUCACUGUCACUUUCUGUCUCUCUCCCUCUCUCUCUCUGCUCCAGACCCGUCCCCUCUGCGUUUGAGGGUUGGGAGAUGCUGAUCACAGUUUCUGUCAUUAUUAAGAUCAUGAGGUCACUUCUGCUUUCAUUCAAAUGUUCUAUGUUUUCCUUUCAUAGGUGUAAGUGUUGUAUUUAGGGCUGGACGAUAUGGAAAAAAGUUUAUCCCGAUAUAGUUUUUUCACAUCAGUCGAUAUAGAUAUACAUCUUGAUGAAAAAAAAUGAAAUUUAAAGGGAUAUUCCGGCGUAAAAUUAAUUUAGGGUCAAACACCGUAACACUGAGUUAGACAGCCCCUCGAGAGAUGAAUGUUGCAGACUGCUUGCUUCUCUAGUUAUACCAACUUAUGUAAUGACUGCACGAUAGCAAUACAGAGAGUGACAAGCUCAGCCAAAACGCCACUCUAUAGCCACAAAUAAUGCUCAGAACAGCACAUAACUUCAUCAACAGUACAAAUAGGGUCCUAGCCAUAGUACUAGCCAUCAAACAUCUUUUUAGCUUUGCUUGAUUUCUUAAGCAAAGAUACUAAACACAGCUCACCCACUCUCUUCCAGCAGCCGCUUGUUUGUAGCGAGACCUCAGACCAGACCAUUACAGACUAGAGCGGGGUGACGCUGUAGAACAUAAAGAACAUUUAUGGUCAUUUCUUUAUCAUUUCCUUGAAGUAAUAAUCAUCAUCAUUUUGGACUGCAGACACGGUAAUUCUUCUGCCUUAGCGUCUCAGUCUGAUUGUACUUCCAUGAAGAAAUGAUCAUAAAUGUUCUUCCUUGAGCGGCGUCAACCUGCUGUAGUCAGUAGUGGACUGGCCUGAGGUCUCGCUACAAACAAGCGGCUGCUGGAAGAGAGUAGGUGAGUUGUGUUUAGUCUCUUUGCUAAAGAAAUUAGGCAAAGUUAAAAAGAUGUUUGGUGGUUAGUACUAUGGCUGAGACCCUAUAUGUACUGUUGAUGAAGUUGGGUGCUGUUCUGAGCAUUAUUUGUGACUACAGAGUGGCGUUUUGGUUGAGGUUUGUUUAUGGCUCCUCAGACCGCUGUGUAUUGCUAUUGUGCAGUUGUAACUAAAGACAGAUAGAUAGAUAGAUAGAUAGAUAGAUAGAUAGAUAGAUAGAUAGAUAGAUAGAUAGAUUUUCUGUUGACAAGAUAUUGAUCCAGGUUUGUUGAAUCUGUGAAUAUUGUUGUGAACUUGGCUCAUGCAUUGUGGCCAUCAACUCUUGGGUUUUGACCUCAUCCUAUUUAUACAGACAUUUAUGGAGAUGAUCUGUAUUUUUUUGAUGAUAUUACUGUAUGCACCAUAGUUGAUAAAAUCUCCCAAAUGUUUGCAAUUUUGUGCUCAGGAACAAUUUCAUGACAAAAAUCCAUUUUAAUUUUCAUUAAAAAUCAUGAAUAAUCCCUGGAAAGACAGACGUUCUGCCACAUCAAAAUAAAACCUCUUUAUGCGUGAUCUUUUGCCAUGUGCUGAAGAACAUUCCUCAUUUUUAACCGAGGACUUACUGACACUCUAACUGGUUUUUCCAAUCACAUCAUCCAGCUGCCCAUCUUUACCACCAGCACACAUGCGUUGACUACACAAGCAAAGUCUGCAGAUAAAGCCAGCAAACAGCUCAUCACAUCAGUACAAGUCAGAGGCAAAACUUCCUAAAUCAAGAGUCAGUCAGCUAUUUAAUUUACAUUUCAGAUAAUUAGUUAGCAAAGUGUAAUCGAAUUUAAUUUAUUUUAAACAUAUUUAAAAACUGAGUCAUUUGUAUUACAAAAUAAUAAAUGUGUGGAGAGGGAGAAAUGCCUGAAUAGAAAAGUGGCUAAGAGUUUACUUUACCAUAUGAUGUUGACAUGCAAGGCUAUAUGAUAGUAAUAGAUCAGCAGUGUUUACUGGCAGUAAGUGGCAUGUGACACGGCUAACAGUAUACUAUAUGGUCCCCUUUUGGCCGAUUUAAUCAGCUCGCAGAUAAAAUCGGCCUAGCGAUGUGUGCUUGUGAUAGGUAAUGUCAAAGCUUUGAGUAUUUGGAAAGAUGAGAAUUAGUAUUACAAAUCUAUUAACUAUUGAUCUGCUACUGAUAAUAUGGACUUGCUACAGAGGUUAUUCUCACAGUACAAAGGCAGCAAUGAUUCUUUCAGUACAUUUGACUUCAUCAGUGAUCAGUCAUGUUUAAAUAUCAGUACACAGAAGGCAGAAUAAGACUGCAUUCAGACCCACAACCUCAUGUUUUGGACACACUAGUACCUCCUCUCCUCUCUUAAUUUCACUUCCCCUCUCCACACACCUUUUCUUCUCUUCUCUCUCCCAGGCCUAACCGCCAGUCCCAGCCCAGUUGCUGCGAUUCAUCUCGAAUCUGUGUGUACUUUUAGAUAUAAACAGUCAUAAACACAUUCCUACAGUAAAUUCCCAGAAGGAAGAACAGCUGCCAGAGCGACCAACCCGAGCACUCCAUCCAUCCCCCAGCAGACUCCAGCAGGGUAAGAGACACAAAGGCAACAUGGAAAGAUGUUUUAAUUAAAAAUCCUGAUCGUGCUGGUUCAGUGACACGUUUUUGCUGUUAUCACUCUUUUGUUUUAAAUGAUUUUCUAUUUCCUGGUUUUGGCUUUAUCCAACCGUGCAGAGCAGGAUGGAGGCCUCGUUUGGCCCGACCUUCUCAGCUGUUGCUGCUGGAACAAAAGGUGGUGCACAGAUAAUCUUCCUAUUAAAACUUUAACUUUCUUCGAUACCCUUCCCCUUCUUAUACUGUAGUUACUGAAUUCUCUUCUUAUGUUUACAGCUGAAGCAUCCAGCAACUACAAGCAGCACAGAAGAACUCCCUCCUCCUCCAGCACUCUCACCUACUCUCCCCGGGAUGAUGACGAUGGAAUGGUAUGAUGCAUGAUCAUUUGACCUCUUUAUGUAUUUCUAACAAUAUGCGACCCUCUUCUCACCACUAAUUCUUCAUUCCUUCCCAUCAGCCUCCGAUCGGUACUCCGCGAAGGUCAGAUUCCGCAAUCUCAGUGAGAUCUCUCCAUUCUGAGUCCAACAUGUCUUUGCGCUCCACGUUCUCUCUGCAUGAAGAGGAGGAGGACACGGUAUGAUACCUCAAACACAAAUACCGUAUUCUUCGCACUAUAAGGCGCACCAGAUUAUAAGGCGCACUGGAUUAUAAAGCGCAUUAAGCCAAACAAAACAGUCUGAUAAGUCAAACUUUAUUGAAAACCGGACCGAAAAGGCAUAGGCUGAAGCAAGAGCUUAUUAUCGCCUAUCCUUUUUACUAAAUCAAAAUAUUCAAAACAUCUUAUUCCACACGUUAGACAGAAAACAAAACAAAACACAACAACAAAACAAAGAACAAAAAAAUGACUCAGAAAAAAAAAUAAAAAUAAUAAUAAUGAUAAUCAAAUUAAAUCCAGAAUAUUAGUUUAUCCGUAACCUCAAUCAAUUUUUUUUCUAUAAUUUUCGAUCACCUUACUUUUAAACAAUGAUUUGAAUUUGUGGAGCAUUAAGCCAAACAAAACAGUCUGAUAAGUCAAACUUUAACUCAUUCAAUAGCUCUGUGCGUGUGUGUUGCUGCAACGCUCCGACAAGCCAUCAUGCUGUGCAGCUUUGUAGAUAACCAAAGUCGUGAUUAAACAUUUUGACAGAUUUUCGAGCGCUGUGCACCACAUAAAAUCGGUUCAUGGUCAGUAAGCACAACCAGACUUCAUACAUAAGGCGCACUGAGGAUUUUUGAGAAAAUGAAAGGAUUUUAAGUGCGCCUUAUAGUGUGAAAAGUACGGUACCUAAAAACAUAAAAGUGUUUCUGUUCAAAACUGAAUCCACUUUUCAAACUCAACAGAAAGUGUGUGCGUGUGUGUUUUUGCAGGAGCCCCAGGUGUUUGCGGAGCAGCCAUCAGUAAAACUUUGUUGCCAAUUGUGCUGUAACGUCUUUAAGGACCCGGUCAUCACAACAUGCGGGGUGAGUUUGUUGUAGCGUUUCUUUCACCUAUCUGUCUUCCUUACUCUUUUUCACAAAGUCUUAUUUUCACUUCCCUUUUAUCAGACCAUAUUUGUCUAAAGGCGGCCAAGUGUUGCAAUCACUGAGCCAUCCUGUCGUGAUUCCUGAUACCAAACCAAUCCUCAACCACUCUGCACUGUCAUAUUAACCGCUUUUAUUAGUUUCCAGGUUAGUUGUGCUGAAAUGAUCAAAUUGAUAUAUUUUGCUUCUUUUCUCAGCACACCUUCUGCAGACGAUGUGCCUUGACUUCAGGUAAGAUUCUAAACACAAAUGUAGGUGAGCGGUAACAUGUGUUGUGAGUGAUAUCCUUGUUAUGAUGGGGUUUUUUUUCUCACAGACAAGUGCCCCGUGGAUGCAGCUAAGCUUACAGUCGUCGUGAACAACAUCGCCGUCGCCGAGCAGAUAGGAGAGCUGUUCAUCCACUGUAAGUACGGCUGCAGGGCAACAGCGAGCAGCACAGGCGGGGCUGCAGCCUCCAAUUCCACAGUGGCUGGUAAGCCAGGGGCGUACGAGGUGGAUCCCCUUGGCUGCCCGUUCACCAUUAAACUCUCCACACGCAAGUAAGGACCACAGGAUAAAUCUACACCGCUUCUCCUUCUUUAUGUGAAAUGUCAAACUGCAAAGCAGCAGCUCUUGGCACAGCUGGCUCUGACCUUUCGCCUUGUAUUUCAUAUUUCUGCAGAGAACAUGAGGCCAGCUGUGACUACAGGCCAGUCCGCUGUCCCAACAACCCCUCCUGCCCCCCUCUGCUCACAAUGAACCUCGAGGCUCACCUUAAAGAAUGUGAACACAUCAAAUGUCCACACUCCAAAUACGGGUGAAUAAAAAUAGAUCCGUUAGUCAUAAACAUGCUUUAAAUAUUUGACAUAUAAGUUUCUAAUCUGCUUAAUUCUUCAAUCUGUCUGUCCUUAUUAACAGCUGCACAUUCAUCGGUAACCAGGACACAUAUGAAACCCACCUGGAGGUGUGUAAAUUUGAGGGUCUAAAGGAGUUUCUGCAGCAGACUGAUGAUCGGUAAGCAUCAGAGAUUCUCAUCACUAACAUCAGUUCGAUUGGUUCUGUCUGUUUAGCAAGUGUAACGAAUCUUUUUCACAGUUAUCAAAGUCUCCUCUCUAUUUGUAUGUCACCUGUGACCUUUGACCCUGUUCAGGUUCCAUGAGAUGCAGCUGACUCUGGCCCAAAAAGAUCAGGACAUCGCUUUCCUGCGCUCCAUGUUGGGAAAACUGUCGGAGAAGUUGGAUCAGCUCGAGAAGAAUUUGGAGCUCAAAUUUGGUAAAAUACAGCAGAGAAAGAAAAGACAGAAGUGCUGGAAUCAAUAAAGACGCAAUAGAUAAAGCUUUACUCCAAAUUUCCACCGCAGCGGGAACAGCUCCGAUCCGAAAAGGCAGCGGUUUUCACCGUCUGCCAAUUCCUACCAGAUCUGUUUGUGAGGCAGAUUUCAUGGCAGAUUACAAACAGCGGGAAUCGCGAGAACUCACAAGAACGCGCGAUAACGAGUUGUCUCUAUAAAGAUAGCCACAUAACCAUAUAAGCAGUAAAUUGUGUCCUUCCAAAGGAGGAAAUCUACUUCUAGACUUUUAGAAUCAACAUCUCCUCAUCCAUGGUGUCAUCGGGGUGAAAUGCUGUCUAAAAACCACUUUUUCGUCCCCGCCCGGAGUGUUUUAUUUUGAAAAGAAACCAGAUGUUUUAUUUACUUCUUUAAUCUGUGCUGAAUUUGUCCGGCAUGCUCCAGCGUCCGGAAAAAGUAGAACCUUGCGAUCAGCUGUGGGGUUCGGCAAUCUGCAACGGAAUGGAAAGAAGCCGAUGGAAAUUGACACAUUAACAUGAAUGGUUACGAUCAUCUGUGAUCGGCGGAUGCAGCCUUUUUUUAGCCGUUCUGGAUGUGGUGGAAAUUUGGGGUCAUACUGGAUACUUCAGUUUCUUUGGUGCAAAUGGAUAACUGUUAAAUUAUCCAUACUUCUACUCUUCUUUAGCAUCCUAACUGAUAAUAUUCCUCUGUGCUCAUUUUAGAUGUUUUGGAUGAGAAUCAGAGCAAACUUAGUGAGGACCUCAUGGAGUUUCGCAGGGAUGCCUCUAUGCUUAACGUAAGUGGGUGUGCACCGUUUAAAAAAUCCUUUGCAGACUUUGCAGACUCAGAGUUUAAGUGUUUGUGCAGAAAAGAAAUCGCUCUGAAAGAAAAAUUGUUUGUCCCGGCAGGACGAGCUGUCUCACAUCAACGCGAGGCUCAACAUGGGAAUCCUGGGCUGUAAGUCGCCGCCUUUUCAUCCUCUCUUUUUUUUUCACCUCCCUCUGGAAAUGUGGCGAAUCCUUAAUGAGCUUUUUAGGAACAGUUUGAGUUAUUUAGGAUUUCUCACUGUUCUCACCGACCUCUCUGUCCUGUUUCAGCAUGAGUUAUAGUCCUUUCUUGUAAAUAAAUGAAUAUCCAAUCUUUUUUUUUUCUGGUUCUGUGCAGCAUACGACCCCCAGCAGAUCUUCAAAUGUAAGGGGACAUUCGUUGGCCACCAGGGGCCUGUUUGGUGUCUGUGCGUCUACUCCACUGGAGACCUGCUCUUUUCAGGGUCCUCAGAUAAGACCAUCAAGGUAAUAUCAACACGCAAACAAGGACAUAGAAAUAGAGAAAAUAGAGACCUCUGAUAAACCCCUCAGCUCCAGAUUUCUAAACCAUGAGAUAAUUAUUUGACUUUUGAGCGUAGGUUGAUCCGUGUCAUCCCACCCUUUAGGUGUGGGACACCUGCACCACCUACAAGUGUCAGAAGACUCUUGAGGGUCAUGAUGGGAUUGUUUUGGCACUUUGUAUCCAAGGGUAAGAAAACACACACAAGGAUUAUUCAGGUGCAUGACAUCUGAGAUUCACCAUCCUGCUUCCCAAAGCAGGACUCAACCAACUCUCUUCUUUUUGUCUCCAUAGUAACAGGCUGUACAGUGGCUCAGCCGACUGCACCAUCAUCGUAAGUACAGCUUACUUCACACUUCCUUUUUUUUUUUUUUAGUCAAGGCCAGCUUGCACAACACGAGAAUCUACUGCUCAACAGACUGACUUUGUUGCUGCUGUGGAUUUGUGUGCAGGUCUGGGAUAUUCAGACGCUGCAGAAAGUCAAUACGAUCCGUGCCCAUGACAACCCCGUAUGCACACUGGUCUCCUCUCACAACAUGUUGUUCAGCGGCUCCCUCAAGGCAAUUAAGGUAAUGUACAUAAACAUGACGCACCACCCCGCGUGGAUGUCGUUUGUGGUGUUUUAAAAACUGAGAAAAGUUUAUCUGGCGCUUUCGUCGAGUGAAAUCACUCGCUCACUUUUACAGCUGGUCCCAGUUUGUCUGUCUCUAAGCAAAACACAAACUCACUGUCUCCAAAUGUGACGCACCGAGCAGAUGUUUUGCCAAGUGGCCCGACGUUUUUGACGCAGAAGAAGAAGAAGAAGUAGUCAAGAUGUAGCUCAGUGUGGAGAAGGAGAAAAGUUGAGCAAGAAGCACUGUCUUUGUUACCAUGGUAACGAGCGAGCGAGAGAGAGCAGGGAAGGGUGAUGGCGGAGCUGUGCGAGUCUUGUGAUGUCACUCCUUUCUACACAGGGACUUUCCAUUCUUACUCAACACGCUGCCUCUGCGCGCUCAGUCCUCCUGCUUCUCCUUACUUCAUCGCAGUGAAAUCCUGCUGAACUGCAGCUCUGUUCAUGACACACAGGGGUUUGUGUGUUGACAUUAGACCAAUGGUGGAUGGAGCAAAUUGUCAAAGUAAAUAAACUUCGAUUAGAACUCAGUCAGUUUUAGCCCGUUUGAGACUAAUCGGUAAUCGGCCAAAACUCACCGAUUGUUGCCGAUAUUUUAGAAUAGAAUAUUGCUUUAUUGAUCCCCUAUUUGGGAAAUUUUUUUGUCACAGCAGCAUGACAGACAAAGAGUGCGAAAAUGCAGUUAUAAAAAAAUAAGGAUUGUAAUAUUAAGAACUUAUAAAUGUAAUAAUUAAGAAAAAAUGUAGAAAAAGGAAAAAGGGAAGAAGAAAAAUAAAACUAUCGACAAUUUUCAGAAAUAAAAUGCGGAGAAUAAGACUCGGUUUCACUUUGAAAAUGUUACGCCAUUUGAAAAGGGGGGAGGGUUGGGGUGUCGAAAACGCUUUUCUGGUCUGAGUUUGAUUCAUGAUAAAUACAUGGAAUAUUACUGAGGUUAAUGUUACUGAGAAGUGGUUUGAAAGGCUCAAAACCAUUCCUCAUUUCCUCAAAGAAAUUAAGUAAAUAUGUUGAUGUAUUGUAUGUGUAUGUUGCAUAUUCUCUUUAACUGUCCAUCUUCAUACCUGUAUGUUAUUUUAAUUUAUUUUAGCUGUGUUUUAACUGUGUUUUUAAUGCCCUGUACAGUGUCUUUGGGUGUCCAGAAAGGCGCUUUUAAAUAAAAUGUAUUAUUAUUAUUAUUAUUAUUAUUAUUACUUCAAUCAACAAAAUUUUGAAAUUUCAUAAAUUCAUAAAUUUCGUGUUGCAUUUCUUAGGUAUGGGACAUUGUGGGUACAGAGCUGAAGCUGAAGAAGGAGCUGACUGGUCUGAAUCACUGGGUGAGAGCGCUGGUGGCCUCGCAGAACCACCUGUACAGCGGCUCAUAUCAAACCAUUAAGGUGGGUGAAGGUUACAGACAGUCUGCUUUGCUGCUUUCGUGACAAUUUUAACUCAUUACACUUUCAAUUUCUAGUACUGCUGCCAUAUCUCGUAUGUUUUAAAAUGGUAGUUAGUAACUUUAAACGGUCAAGAACUACGGCAUGCAUGUUAGCUGGUAUAGGUUAUUGAAUUAUUAUUACUAAAAACUAUGAAAGACUUAGAUUUGCUGUCGUCUUAAGCACACGCUCAGAAACCUUGUCACUGAAACUGUGGAACUGUCGGGGAGAUUUUGUCUUCUAUUAAAAAAAAAAAAAAAGACUGUGCAUCUGUCUGUGUGCCUGAGCCGGCAUCGGUAACUAAUGAAUACCUCAGGGAGUCUGUGGAGAGAUAAAAAAAGGACCGAAACCACAGCAGAGAGAGAGAGAGAGAGAGAGGAGCUGUCUUUUUGGAGUGAGGGAGACGAAAGGACGAAUACAGAAGACUGAUUCCUUAUCUGCCAAUGUUUACAUCUAUUUUGACAUUUUUGCAGUCAAAUAUCCAUGACAGAGAAACGCUGCAGGUUUGUUUACGGGCGUUUAAACAGAUUUCUUUUGAAAUUCUAAAACACUUUAUUUCUCCCUGUCAGAUUUGGGACAUCCGCUCUUUGGAGUGCGUUCAUGUCCUGCAGACCAGCGGGGGCAGUGUCUACUCCAUCGCUGUCACCAACCAUCACAUCGUUUGUGGCACCUAUGAAAACCUCAUCCACGUAAGAAGAAACACAGAAACACACAUACAGUGAACAGGAUUUAGACUUUCUGUUUUCUUUAUUUUGAUUUGUACUUCAGUCUUGCUUGAUGUCAUAAACUCUCUCACCAUCUCUCAGAGGGCUCUCAGGUCAUCGCCUCUCUGUGAGAUUUUAUAAAACCAAUAAACUUCGUCAAACCAGUGUGACUUGGAUGUUGUCAUGGUGAUGACCCUGAUAAACAAAGGUGUGUCUUUUCCAUAGGUGUGGGACAUUGAGUCCAAAGAGCAGGUGCGGACACUAACCGGUCAUGUGGGAACAGUUUAUGCUCUUGCUGUCAUCUCCACUCCUGACCAGACCAAAGUGUUCAGCGCCUCCUACGACCGCUCACUCAGGGUGAGGACUGACAGUGUGUCUAUUUCUGUCAACCAAUUCAUCAUACAGUAUUUAUCACACAAAUCUACAUUCUGCCUGUAGAGAUUGCAAUGAAUGGUGAUUAAGUAGAAGAUUAUUUCAUGUAUUUUGUUAUUUUGUGGUUGUAAAUGUGAUUAAAGUUUUCUGUAUGGUGGAGUUGGCUCAGUGGAGUUAAGCUAAGACUUGUGACGGUCACAUGAAAAUGCAGAAAACGUUAUUUCCUUUUAUUAUAAACCACAACAGCAGUUUCCAUGAGGUUUAAUUUUGGCCAAAUAACCACGCCUCCAGCCUCUUAGGUGAGCUGGUCUUUCUUUUGGAAGCAGCUUUUUUGGCUCUUUGGUAGUAGAAAAACAAAGAGCUGGAUCCAAAUCAGUUUCUUCUCUGAACCAGCCUGGUCAAACACUCAGAUAAGCUGCAUCUGAAGAUUUAUGUGUGCUCUACUAGCAGUAACCAAACACUGUAAACUCUGUAGCGAUAUGAAGUCAUAAACCGCUGUGAGGAAGGGGUUUUACUAUUUUGCAAAACCCACUACUGGUUGUGACAACCAGGGCUGCACAUUAACUCUGCUCACCAGCUAUUGUGGCUCAUGGAUUUCCAAAGGUACUCUGCUGUUUUGUCACCAGCUGAAAUGUUGCUGAACUAGAAUAACAGCCGCUAUAAACGUUAAUUACCUCUGAAGACACCCAAAUCGAGACUGCAUGAAAUCUAUAAAACAGGGAUUUGAUCGGCAUCAAACAAAAAAACAACAUGAACUGUGGGUAAAAGUCACUGGAGAGGGUAGGGGUCAAGUUUGUUUACUCUCUAGAAAUAUUAUUGAACAUUUGUUUGUUUUUCUUUCAGGUGUGGAGCAUGGACAACAUGAUCUGCACCCAGACCUUGCUCAGACAUCAGGGCAGUGUUACAGCUCUCGCCGUCUCCAGAGGGCGCCUCUUCUCCGGAGCUGUGGACAGCACUGUCAAGGUACUAAAGACCUCCUCUGCAACAUCUGCUACAUAUUUAGCAGGGCUCGAUAAUGCGACCGUUUCACUCGCAUUUGCGACUAAAAAUAGAUGUGUGCGAAUUGUAAAAUGUAUUUAGGGGCACAUGUGCGCAUAGAAAAAUUAGCUGAGGCUGCAAAUGAUUUUUCAUGUAAACACGGUGGUGAAGUUAGUUUUAGGUUUGAUAUCUGACGGACAUUCACCUCAGAUCUACCGGUGUCUCCUCACUCUCCAUAACCGGGAAUAGCAACAGCAGUGCAGUUAAAUCUACUUAGCUCCCUCGCUGUCAAUGUCAGGUGUUGAAUAAGGGACCAUCAAUAAAUUACCGGUUGAUGUUCUCAGAAAAGGCUUAUAGCUUCCAUGUCAUGUGACCAAAAGACCUGAAAUUGAUUUCAAAUAAUGGUACUUAUGUCGACCAAUAAGACAAACAUUAUUUGAUCAAUUUUCAUUGUGCCCCUUAAGUUCUUUGUGUGCUCCUUAAUUUUUUAACUUAAGAGUACAUGUGCCCCUCGUGAAAAAUGAGUGUCAAGCCCUUUUUCCAGCCCACCUCUACUUCAUCUGUAACCUCAUGUUUUAAUCUUUGUGAGCUUUUCCAAACUCACUUAUCUCCUCUCUCUGUCUCUUCCAGGUGUGGACGUGCUAAACAAACGGUUUUCUUUGCAGGAGUCCGCUUAACUUCACAUCUAUUUUUAUGUCAGAGGGACUCUAUAACAUACCACCACUCCAUCUUCCACUCCUCUUUCUUUGAUUGUGAACUAAUGUCGCAGACUGAUCACUUCCUCCUCAAGAUCAGAUCCCUUUUUUUAGUGUCUGCACCGCUUUUAACUUUCAAACAUGCACUCCAAUACCUAAACCCUGGUCAUCAGGGUCAACUGCGGGUCGUACAUCUCGAUGACCAGUGCAUCACGGGGCGAGCUAAAAAAAAAAAAAAAAAAAGCCGACUUACAGACACUGCACUCCAUAUUUAGAGUGGGGAGUUGUACUUCCUGCACAAACAGCUGCCAUUCAUGAACUGUACUGAUGAUGCUUACUGCGAACGGUUCAACAUGAAUUUAAAGGCUGGUUUCACAAACAUGAGUCAUCAAGACGAGACCGAACAAAGAGAAGAAAUCUGGAUCGAGGCAACGGGAGUAACAGCAGUGUUAUAUUAAAUUUGCACGAUUACCCAAUACACUCCAGGGAGGACGUUCUUUGACAAGAGUCAUUUUCUGACACGGCUUAAGUGUCUUUUUAGUGUCAUACUUAACUGAUUUGCUCUAAGAGACGGAUGAAUUUGUCUUCUUGAGUCAUUUAAACCUGUCGGAUAAAAACUAUCGAUUCAACCCUGCGAUAUAUAUUGCGAUAUUAAAAAUACAGGAAUUUUCACCACAUGACCUGAAUAGCAUUUAAUGUUAUGCUGCACCGCUGAAGUCUUGAGACAGUUAACCUGCUCUGAUCUUACCUCUUUUUGUGAAUGUUAGUACAACGGCUUCUGUCUGUCUCAGAGAUAUUUUUAGCUUUUAUUGUUCUGGGACGUUAUUGUGGCGACAGAUGAACACAGAAGACGUGUUUUGGUCGACAUCAUCCUUCUUUGAACCAAAAUAAUUCCAGAUAACUGACUUUCCUUUUCUUUUUGGCAACAAAUCUUCAUUUUCGGUGGUUUUCUCUUGUUCGUUGCUCAUUUUGCAAUCGUUGUUGUUGUUAGCGGUGUUGUGCCGAGAAACGCAUGUCCUCCGAGAAUUGCAUGCACCUCGCAAAACGUGCACCGCUUAUAGUAGAGUGGUCCACGGAAAUGUACAUUUUAAAACCGAUACAGUUCUUAUCUGUUGGGCUUAACAGUCAUGAGUAAAGUUCCGAGAGUAAUUCUCAGUGGACACGCGUUUCUCGGCUCAACACCAGCAGCCAGCGAGUAACUCCAUGUGCAGAACAUGAGCAGGGGUGGGUUUCCUCCUCUCUGAUUUUGAUUGACAGCUGGCAGGGUAGUCUGAUUGACAACUGAGUAAAGGACGAAGGUGAUUGGUGGAUCGCUGCACAGCACAUGCAGAGUCACAUGCAGUGUAUCUCAGUCAGUUACCCUUGAAAUUAACUGAGUUCAAGGCUCUGCGAUAUGACUAUCGCACACACGUACAUCGCGAUGACGAUGCUCAAACGAUAUAUCGUGCAGGCCUAUCGUGAACGGUUAAAAAGUUAACGAUGAGAGAUCUGCUGAAGAAAGUAAACACAGGAAAUUGGUGGAAGCUAAGAUUGGUGUGUUUCCCGGCGUUUGUUGAUUGAUUUUAAACUCUAAAACUCUCAUCACAAUAAUCAAUCAAUCAAUCACUUUAUUUGUAAAGCACUUUUCAUACAUGGACUGUAUCACAAAGUGCUGUACAUUAAAGAACACAAGAAGGAGAGGAUCAGGAGAUACAAAAUAUAACACGAAAUAAAAUACAAAUUGCAAAACCCCACCCUCCAAGCCCGCAUUCAACAAAGACCCAACCACACACGCACACACACACACACAGCCACUGGGACACCAAGUCAGGGCUCAGCAGGAAGCCCCAGAGGACCAAGGAAACGCUAUCUUAAACUAAAAUGGGGAAACACUGGAGCUGAAGCUAAACUGAUAAAACCAUGACAAGACAUAGGAGACUCAUAAAAUGAUAGAAAAUAAAACAAAAUAAAAUAGUAAUAAUAAUGAAAAAUAAUAAUAAAAUAUAUAAUAAAUCUGUUUUUAAAUCAGACAAUAAAAGAAAAUAAACAAAUAGUGUCAAAACAUGAAAUAAUAAUUCUGGGACUAAAGUAAACGAGUAAAAUACUUGAGAUAAAAAGAGUAGACUAAAAGAGGCUAGAAGAAUAAAACAAAAAAUCAGCUAAAAACCAGACUAAAAAUGAAGGUCUUGACUCAGCUAAUAACUGAGCUAAGUCGCGAAGCCACAGCCAUAAUAAGACGUUUCUUCCCUCCUCGAUCAUUCACAUCGCCAUCCGGUUCAGUUUGUGAAACCAGCCUUUUGUCAAAUCAUCUUUUUUGUUCGAGAAGACUUUAAAGAGAAUGACAUUUCUAUAGAUUUACUAAGUUUUUUAAUAGCGCUAUGAUAGAGCUGUAUUCAGAGCCACUCCACAGUUGUACAGCGUGUAUGAUAACAGAUAGUGCCGAGCCUGGAUGUGUGCCCAUGAAGAUGAGUCACACUGGCCUACAUUAAUAACAGGAGGGACAGGGAGAGGAGAGGACCAUCUGUGUGCAUGGACAAGUCUAUUGUUGUGUAUGUGCGAUUGUGUUUCAAUGAGUGCCAUAGUACGUGCGCCUGAAAGUAAGAACAGGCUGUAAUGAUGCGUCUUUUCUCCCCUCUUUCUGACCCUCCGGCCCACUCUCAGAUCCUCGCUAACCUCAGCUGGUUAGACUCAAACACAAACAAAGAUUAACUGAUUGUUUUAUGACUGUAACGCACACAGUGGACUUACAGGCAGGUUAGUGACUGUGCUUAAAAACCUUAAAACUCCAGGACGCGUACGCAGAAAGUGCCACUGAGUCCAUCUUUCUUAAAGUAUGUUUCAGGACCCAUAUUGGGUUGAAAAAAACGCAAAAGACGUCGAUUCAUGAGAACAUUUGAAUCCAGCUAAAUUCACACGCAUGGACCCGAUGAAGUUUUUACAGAUGUUGAAAAGUAUUUUGCCUUCAUUUCAACACAGAUCUGACCACUACUUACAGUAGCCUUGGUGAGAAAGUUAUUUUGAAAGAGAAGAAGUGUCUUCACUGGUCACAGUUUCAGUGAUUUCUUGUAUACUUGUAAUCGUGUAAGCCUGAGUUGCUCAUCGAUCAAUAAAACUAUUGUACACUUUGGAGCUGCUGAUCUCAUUUUUUUCCAGUCAAACUGACCUUGUUGCUUUUCUCAGCCUAAGUAAUAAAUGUCUUAACAUCCAAAAACUAAUUUAAGCAACAUACUUGGGAGUUAAAGGGAUAUUCCGACGUAAAAUUAAUCUAGGGUCAAACACACCGUAAUACUGAG